UACAUAUCUCUGAAAUGUAUGAACUUGGAUAUAAGUCAGACAUUCAUGUAAAAUUUAGCGACAUCCCUUAGAUAUUCGAAUUUCCUUGUCAGUUAGCUUACAAAUUAUUCUGUGUAGCAUUUCAUUCAUUAGCAAGUAUGCCCAAAAUUAAAAAACGUAUUCAUUCUAAAGUUUACAAGAAAAUUAAAGAAUCAUUGAAUGAUACUGAUGUAGCUAGGCUGUCUGAGUCUUCAAAAUUGGUCUGUGAAUUUCCGUCGCCUGCAACACCACUUGAAAUAAAUAAUAAAUCUAUUUGUGUACUACCUUCAUUUAAUUCGAAUGUAACUGACGCGAUCGAAAUAGGUUCAUCCUCAAUAAAUUCAACUUUAAAUAACACCAAUGAAGAUAAUCAAGAAGAUCACCCAUCGAAUUUGAAAAAUGAUUUGGCAGUAUGGGCUAUUGCUGACAAUGUGCCUCAAUCUACGAUCACAAAUUUGUUAAAAGUUUUAAAGAAAUAUCCUUGUGGUUCAGACUUGCCUUUAGAUGCCCGUGCACUGCUUCAAACACCUCGAUGUGUAAGAGUAGAAAAUAUGUCUAAUGGUGUGUACCAUCAUUUUGGAAUUGAAGAAGGAAUUAAGUUUAUUUUGUCUAAGAUAAACUCUAAAAAUUUAUUAGAUCCUGAUCUAAAACUACUUGUAAACGUUGAUGGUUUGCCUUUAGCUAAAAGUUCAGGUAGUCAAUUAUGGCCAAUUUUGGGAUCAUUAAGUUACAACUUGAAUGCACCUUGUGUGUUCCCCAUAGGUAUAUUCCAUUCAAAUCAGAAACCGGAAAAUCCAAAUCUGUUUUUAAACAAGUUUGUCGAAGAAAUGAACAAAUUAAUUAAGAAUGGUAUUGUGGAUAAUGGGAAGCAUUAUAAAAUAGAUCUGAAAGGAAUGAUUUGCAAUGCCCCUGCCCGAGCAUUUAUAUUGUGCAUUAAAGGCCAUUCUGGUUAUUCCAGCUGCAACAAAUGUUUUCAGGAAGGAUUGUAUUUUAAAAAGAGAGUUUGUUUUCCUGAAGUAGAUUUUGUCGAAAGGACUGAUUCAGAUUUCAGAAACAGACUUGCUGGUGAUAGCCAUCAUAAAUGUGACUCUGAAUUGUUGAAAAUUGACAAGUUUGGCCCUGUAUCUCAAGUCCCAUUUGAAUACAUGCAUCUUGUUUGUUUAGGGGUUAUGAAAAAGCUCAUAAAAUUAUGGCUAAAAUGUGAUAUUAAAUAUCGACUCUCAAACAGUCAGUCAGAUGCAAUCUCUGUCAAACUUUUGAGUUUUACUUCAAGUAUUAGUAAUGAUUUUGUUAGAAGGCCAAGGGCGUUAAGAGAUUUCGAACGCUGGAAAGCUACGGAAUACAGACAAUUUUUGCUUUUCACUGGGCCAAUAGUUUUAAAAGGCAGCUUACGAAAUGAUCUGUACAUGCACUUUUUACUAUUACAUUGUUCGAUAAAGGUUUUUAUAACUAACUCUAAUAUUGCUAUGAUGAAUUUCGCUCAUUCUUGGCUGCUAUGUUUUGUUAAAGGUUUUCCAUUUUUAUAUGGAAAAGAACACAUGUCUCACAAUAUUCAUUGCUUACUCCAUCUUUCUAAAGAUGUAAAAAACUUUGGUCCUUUAGAUCAAUUCAGCUCUUUUCAAUUUGAAAAUUAUAUGAAAGAGUUUAAAAACAUGAUAAGAAAAGCAGAAAAACCUUUGCAGCAAGUUAUUAAAAGAUUUGAAGAGAAAAAAAUUUGUUUUGUGAACAAUCAGGUUACCAAAGAACUAUCUAAUUAUCUUACAUAA